AUGUGUGGAAUACUCGCGGUUCUGGGUUGUUCGGAUGAUUCUCAGGCUAAACGGGUUCGCGUUCUCGAGCUUUCUCGCAGAUUGAAGCAUAGGGGCCCGGAUUGGAGUGGAUUAUAUCAGCAUGGAGAUUGUUAUCUCGCGCACCAAAGGCUUGCGAUUGUCGAUCCCGCCUCCGGCGAUCAGCCCCUCUACAAUGAAGACAAAAAGAUUGUCGUUACGGUGAACGGCGAAAUCUACAACCACGAGCAGCUUCGUCAGCUAUUGCCCAACCACAAAUUCCGUACCGGAAGCGAUUGUGAUGUCAUCGCACAUCUCUAUGAAGAGUACGGAGAGAAAUUCGUGGAAAUGCUCGACGGAAUGUUCUCGUUUGUGCUGCUUGAUGCUCGUGACAACAGCUUUCUUGUGGCUCGUGACGCAAUCGGAAUAACUUCUUUGUACAUCGGUUGGGGACUUGAUGGCUCGAUUUGGAUAUCGUCGGAGCUAAAAGGGUUGAAUGAUGAAUGCGAGACGUUCGAACCGUUUCCACCGGGCCAUUUGUACUCGAGCAAAACCGGAGCUCUUAGAAGAUGGUACAACCCCGCGUGGUUUUCCGAAUCCAUUCCUUCGACUCCGUACGACCCUUUACUCUUGAGGCGUUCUUUCGAAAAUGCUGUAAUUAAGAGGCUAAUGACCGAUGUGCCCUUCGGCGUUCUUUUAUCGGGAGGGCUCGAUUCGUCGUUAGUUGCAUCUGUUACCGCCCGUUACCUUGCGGGUACAAAAGCAGCCAAGAGAUGGGGCCCACAGCUCCAUUCUUUCUGCGUUGGCCUUGAGGGCUCACCUGAUUUAAAAGCUGGAAAAGAAGUUGCCGAUUAUUUGGGCACCGUUCAUCAUGAAUUUCAUUUCAGUGUUCAGGAUGGAAUCGAUGCGAUCGAGGAUGUCAUUUAUCACAUCGAGACAUACGAUGUAACGACAAUAAGAGCAAGCACUCCCAUGUUCCUCAUGUCACGUAAGAUAAAAUCGCUAGGGGUAAAAAUGGUAAUAUCCGGUGAGGGAUCCGACGAGAUUUUUGGCGGUUAUCUCUACUUCCAUAAGGCGCCUAACAAGGAAGAACUUCAUCGUGAAACUUGCCGAAAGAUAAAAGCCCUUCAUCAAUAUGAUUGCCUUCGAGCAAAUAAAGCAACUUCUGCAUGGGGAUUAGAAGCUCGAGUUCCGUUUCUUGAUAAGGAGUUUAUCGAUGUUGCAAUGAACAUUGACCCCGAUUGGAAAAUGAUAAAACCGGACCAAGGGAGAAUGGAGAAAUGGAUUUUAAGAAAGGCUUUCGAUGAUGAGGAAAAACCGUAUCUUCCAAAGCAUAUUCUGUAUAGGCAAAAAGAACAGUUCAGCGACGGAGUCGGCUAUAGUUGGAUUGAUGGUCUUAAAGCUCAUGCCGAACUCCAUGUCACCGACAAAAUGAUGCGUAACGCUGCACAUAUUUUCCCCCAUAAUACCCCCACCACAAAGGAGGCCUACCAUUACAGAGUGAUAUUCGAGAGAUUCUUUCCGCAGAAUUCGGCGAUGCUGACUGUUCCGGGUGGAGCGAGUGUAGCAUGCAGCACCGCUACAGCUGUCGCGUGGGAUGCUUCUUGGUCGAAGAAUCUAGAUCCUUCCGGAAGAGCCGCCGUUGGGGUCCACAAUUCCGGGUAUGAGAAGCAUUUGGCCAAUGGGAAUUUGACACCUAAGAUCGUUGACUCUGGUCCACUCAUGAAUGGUGUGACCCCUCCUGGACUCACCAUUCGGAGCUAGUGUGUGUAUAUAUAUAUAUAUAUAUAUAUGGGACAUUAAUUUGUAGGAUGUAAUAUAAUGAAGCUGAAAUAAAAAGCUCUGUUUAGUACUUGUGGGUCAGUACUAGAUUUUUGCGAUGUUUUUUUUGGUGUCUUUUUCGAGUUUAUUCGAAAAAAAACCGAGCGUUUGUGUGUCUUUUUUCAGGGUGAACUUGAACCGUUGCAUCUCCCUUUUUCAGGAUAUGUGUAUAUUCGGAAAUAUAUGUUAUUCGAAAAUGUAUGGUGUUAAUUUGUUUUGUGGUAUA